AUGAAUGAUUUCCGUAGCUUCAUCUCAGACAAUGGCCUGGUAGAAGCUGUUUCUCUAGGAAAAAAAUUUACCUGGUCAAAUGGUCAACAGGGAACUAGAAGAAUUGUUUCAAAACAUGACAGGGCUCUAGUGAACAAUGCCUGGCUUCAAAAAUUUGAAAAAUGGAGAUGUAAAUCCCUUCCCAGUAUUUGUUCAGACCACUCUCCCCUCCUUGGUUUCUCCUUCCAAAGUCUGAGGCCUGCAAGGGCUCCUUUUAGAUUCCAUACAAUUUGGAAAUCCCAUCCAACCUUCAUGUUAAUGGUGGAAGAGAGAUGGAAGGGUCAGCUAGUAGGAGCUCCUCCUUUCAUUUUUACUAACAAGUUAAAGAGAUUAAAAGAAACUAUGAAGGUAUGGAACAGAAAAGUGUUUGGAGACAUCCACUUUCGUCUCAAACAAGCUGAGCUCAAGCUAGAAGGGGAGAUGGACCUGCUCGACCUCGACCCAGCUGAUGAAAAUCAAUUCAUAAGAGUUGUUGAUGCUAAGAAGGUGGCAGAUGAUGUGCGAAGAAACCUGGCUAUUAUGGUGCGCCUUAAAUCAAGAGUGACAUGGCUGGAAGAAGGAGAUCAAAAUACAAAAUGGGAGCAUCCAAGCCUUAAACCUGGCUAUUAUGCAGUGCUGAAAUAG